AUGCGGGACGAAAUCAACAAGGCCCAAUUGAAAGACACAGUUCUAACAGGCGUAGGCUCAACGGUAAACAUUCCAACAGAUUCAUCGGGUGUAGCUGGAGCACCAGGUGGUUCAGCUGCCUCUCCAUCUUCUCCCGGUAACUCGCUUAUUAGUCCCGGAGUCAGAGCGCUUCUACAGGAAUGGUCAUCAUCUCCGUAUCCUGCAUUGGGAUUUUCAGGAGCUUUGGCAGUUAUUCCUACCAUCAGACCGGUAAUUUCCCAGGUUGCCACCUCCUUUAAGAAGAAGCCGGUGCUUUUAUCUCCAUAUCCUUCAAAUCUGUCCGUUCUAUUCUUUGGAGGCUUUGUUGGACUAGGUGGAUUUUUGAUCUACGACCACGACGUAGAGAAUGGAAGUGCACUUACGUCAGCAUGGAGUUUGAUGUAUGUGUUGGCCAAUGGUAAGAGGAGUCUUCUGACGUUCAGAUUAUACCCAAAGGUAUUGGCACUAUUGGCAUUGGCCAACUCGGGAGUGUAUGGAGGAAGAUUUCUUGGGUUGCUUUAG